AUGCUUUAUGCAUUGCUGUGGUGGUUUGCACACAAAUCUAACAAGGCGCCUCAUAAGAUACCUGAGCCAACGGCAGGCGCCUACAAAUGGACACCUAUCGACAUUAUACCUAUGACAGAUUUUGAGUUCGAGAAUGUGCCAUCAUCACGGCGAUUUGUUCCUCAUCGGAUGCAGUUUACACUUGGUCCUCUAUGCCGAACGUGGGAUUUGGCAUUAUGUGACGACAGUUUCUCUAUCCUGCUGUAUAAUGAGACCACUAUGGAGUUAUUGCUGACGCAACGAUUUCGACCAGCUGCUUUAAUCGGUCGAGCACGCCAUCUCUCCAAAGCGGGCAUUUUGCUCGAUGCGAUUGACUGGAAAUCACAGCCAUUAGAAUGGGCAUAUACCUUGGAAAUGUGCAGUGGGCAUUACAAAACGGGCACUUCGGUGGACGAAAUUGAACAGCGAGUGAAGGAUGCUGUAGCCAAAAAAUGUGGCUACAAUAUUCAGUCCAUUCGUUUCGUGACCUCAUUCAUAGUUGGGAUAAGUUUUGCCGGGGAUCGGCAGCGAGCAUACUACGCUAGAGUGAUCAACGAAUCGAGUGCCGAGAGAAGGCAUGCUGACUCCAUUCGAGGAUAUCACCCGGCUAGUAGUAAUGAACUGUUGUUGUUACGGGCUGAAACGAAUCAAACUUAUGGUCACUGCCUAGAUAAGUCAUCGCUCUCGGGAGCGCAUUCCAAUAACGCUGGGCCACGUGAAUUCCCUGUCCCGUGCUCAGCGAUUCCGUCUCUACUUCGAGCAGAAGAACCAACUGGUCCACCGGCUGUAUUGUAUAUGAUGCAGUGGUUCCUGAAUAGCAAUGAAAAGUGA